AAGAAUGAAGUAAAAACAGAGAAUGAACUAAAAAUAGAGGACUUCAUGGAAAAAAUAGAGGCAAUCAAAGAAAAAAUAAGGAAGAACAAAGAAAUACUGAAGAAUGAAGAAGAAAUGCCAGUCGAAGAAGGAAUUAAGAACAAGAGAAAAGUACAGGAGCUGGACAAAAAAAUACAGGAGCUUGACGAAAAAAUACAGGAGCUUGAUGAAAAAAUGCAGGAGGACAAAGAGAAAAUAAAGCAGAUCAGAGACAAGAUACGGACCAAUGAGAUAAAAAUACAGACAAACAAAGAAAAAAUACAGGAAAAGAAAGAAAGACUGAAGAAUGUGGGAAAAAUACAGAAGGAUGAAGUAAAAACAGAGAACAAAAUACAGGAGUUCAAAGAAAAAAUACAGGCAAUCAAAGAAAAAAUAAGGAGGAACAAAGAAAUGCAGAUCAAAGGAAAAAUACAGGAGCUCGAUGAAGAUAUACAGGAGGAUGAAAUAAUGGAGGAGGACGAAGAAAUACAGCAGAUCAAAGAAAAGAUGCAGAAGAAUGAAAGAGUAAUGCAGAUGAUCAAAGAAAAAAUACAGGAAAAUGAAGAAAGUGGAAGAAUGAAGAAAGUGGGAAAGUGGCUGAAGAAUGUGGAAAAAAUACAGAAGAAUGAAGCAAAACCAGAGAAUGAAAUAAAAAUACAGGAGAACAAAGAAAAAAUACAGCGGAUCAAAGAAAAGUUGAGGAAGAAUGAAAUAAAAUUAGAGAUGAUCAAAGAAAAAAUACAGGAGGAGGAAGAAAGAAGGCUGAAGAAUGUGGAAAACAUAGAGAAGAACGAAGAAGAAAUGCAGAUCAAAGAAAAAAUUAGGAAGAACAAAGAAAAAAUCCAGAAGCUCAACAGAAAAAUACGGGAGCUUGAUGAAAAAAUACAGAAGAACACCGAGAACGAAGUAAAAAUACAAGAGAUCAAAGAAAAAAUAAAGACAGUCAAAGAAAAAAUAAGGAAGAGCAAAGAAAAAAUACCAAAGAAUGAAACCAAAAUACUGCAGAACAAAAUAAAAACAGAGAAUGAAAUGGAAAUUCUUAAGAACGAAGAAAAAAUACAGGAGAUCAAAGAAAAAAUACGGAAGAACAAAUUAAAAAUACAGGAAAACAAAGAGAAAAUACCAAAGAAUGAGGAGAAAGUCAGAGUCUACUCAUCCAUGUUUGGAGAUAAGCAGAGGACCACAGAAAUACCCACCUUCCAAGGAAGCAGUGGACAAAGAGGAGACAAUAUUGCCAUUGCAACCCUGUGA